AUCCAAACCCCAAGUAACCGCAGUACCGCACCCAACAUUACAAUUCAAUACAAUUACCCCUCUCUCACUCUCUCCCUCCCUCCCUCUUCACACCCACACGCCCAUUUCUUGAUUGUGAAGCCAUUUUUUUAUAUUUGCCGGCAUUCCCGAUGGUCCCUUCCCAAAACAGAGCACCCAAGGUCUCUGUUUCCUCUGUUUUUGCUCCUGCAUUCCCCAUUUUCGCUUGAUUUAAUUUAAUUUGAUUCUCCCACCCCCCACCCCCCCCCCCCCCCCCCCCCAAAAGAUACGCGCUCCCUUUCUCACUCGGAUACCCAUAUUCCCAUUUCUUGAUUUUGAGAACCUCUUUCAACAAUGGCCCUUGCGCGAAGCAGAGCACCGAAGGUCUCUGUUUCCCCUGUUAUGAUCUGUUCCUGCCUCUGCGCCAUUCUUUCUUGGUUGGAUACCGCCCGGGUUUCUGCACAGUCAUCGCCCGUUUUUGCCUGCGAUGUCGCCAGUAAUCCCGGGUCGUCGAGCUUCCCGUUCUGCGAUAAGUCGCUGGGGGUUGCGGCCAGGGUGGGGGAUUUGGUGAAGAGGCUCACAUUGCAGGAGAAGGUUGGGUUCUUGGUGAACAAGGCGGGGAAUGUGAGCAGGCUUGGGAUUCCCAACUACGAGUGGUGGUCGGAGGCUUUACAUGGAGUGUCUAACGUCGGCCCGGGCAGCAAGUUCUCCAAUGUGGUUCCCGGAGCUACCAGCUUCCCCAUGGUCAUUCUCACUGCCGCUUCCUUCAAUGCCUCUUUGUUUGAAACCAUUGGCAGGGUGGUUUCAACUGAGGCCAGAGCAAUGUACAAUGUGGGUCUAGCUGGGCUAACAUUUUGGUCCCCAAACAUUAACAUAUUUAGGGACCCCAGAUGGGGAAGAGGCCAGGAGACUGCCGGUGAAGACCCGCUGCUGUCCAGCAAAUAUGGGUCGAGUUACGUCCGAGGCCUACAACAGAGAGACGAUGGCAACCCGGAUGGGCUCAAGGUUGCUGCUUGUUGCAAACAUUACACUGCUUAUGAUUUGGAUAACUGGAAAGGGGUCGAUCGCUACCACUUCAAUGCAUUGGUAACAAAGCAAGAUUUGGAUGACACAUUUCAACCCCCAUUCAAGAGCUGUGUUCUAGAUGGAAAUGUGGCCAGUGUGAUGUGCUCCUACAACCAGGUUAAUGGCAAGCCGACUUGCGCCGAUCCCGAUCUCCUCACCGGGGUCAUCCGGGGCGAAUGGAAAUUAAAUGGGUACAUAGUCUCUGAUUGUGAUUCUUUAGACGUGUUCUAUAAUAGCCAACACUAUACCAAGACUCCAGAGGAGGCUGCUGCCAAAGCUAUAUUGGCAGGGCUGGAUCUGAACUGCGGUACUUUUCUACGGCAACACACAGAAGCAGCAGUGAAGGCGGGACUGGUGAGCGAGGCGGCGGUGGACACCGCCAUCUCCAACAAUUUCGCCACAUUGAUGCGACUGGGUUUCUUCGACGGCGACCCUAAGUCCCUACCUUACGGGAACCUUGGUCCCAAAGACGUGUGCACGCCGGCGAACCAGGAGCUGGCCCGCGACGCCGCCAGGCAAGGCAUCGUCCUCCUCAAGAACUCCCCCUCUUCCCUCCCCCUCUCUCCCACCACCAUCAAAUCCCUAGCCGUCAUCGGCCCUAACGCCAAUGUCACCAAGACCAUGAUCGGCAACUAUGAAGGGAUUCCGUGUAAAUACACGACUCCUUUGCAGGGCCUGACGGCGACCGUGCCGACGACGUACGUGCCGGGGUGCGCGGACGUGGCGUGCGGCAGCGCGCAGGUGGACCAGGCGAAGGCGGCUGCGUCGUCGUCGGACGCCACCGUGCUGGUGGUGGGAGCGAAUCAGGCCAUUGAGGCGGAGAGCCGCGACAGGACGGACCUCCUCCUUCCUGGGCAGCAGCAGCUGCUGGUUACGGAAGUGGCGAAGGCGGCCAAGGGCCCCGUGAUUCUGGUGAUAAUGUCCGGAGGCGCAUUCGAUGUUACUUUCGCGAAGAACGACGUCAAGAUCACCAGCAUCCUUUGGGUGGGGUACCCUGGCGAAGCCGGCGGCGCCGCAAUUGCCGACGUGAUUUUCGGGUUUUACAAUCCAGGUGGAAGAUUACCCAUGACAUGGUACCCACAGUCGUAUGCAGACAAGGUCCCGAUGACGAACAUGAACAUGAGGCCGGACCCCGCCACCGGCUACCCCGGCCGCACCUACCGCUUCUACACCGGCGAAACCGUUUUCUCCUUCGGCGAUGGCCUCAGCUACUCCCAGUUCACCCACCACCUCGCCGAGGCGCCCAAGCGGGUGUCGAUCCCCUUGGCCGACGGCCACGUCUGCCGCAUGUCGCGAUGCAAAUCCGUAGACGCCGUUGACAAGGGCUGCAGCAAUCUCGCUUACGACGUUCAUCUGAGGGUGAAGAACGCCGGGAGCAUGAGCGGGGGCCACACGGUGUUCAUGUUUUUCACGCCGCCGGCGGCGCACAAGGCGCCGCGGAAGCACCUGCUGGGAUUCGAGAAGGUGUGGCUGACGCCGCGGGGGGAGGCGCUGGUUAGGUUCAAGCUGGACGUGUGCAGGGACUUAAGCGUGGUGGAUGAGGAGGGCAACCGGAAAGUGUCUUUGGGGCUGCAUGUGCUCCAUGUGGGGAGCUUGAAGCACUCGUUGAAUGUGAGGAUUUGAUUUGGGUUCCCCUGAUCUCAAUAUUCUAUUUGAAGUUUUCUUUGUUUAAUUUUCUCUUUCAGCAAAGGAAAAGGACAGAAAAGAAAGGAAAAGAAAAGAAAAAAAAGCAACAUCAAAGUGAAAAUUGAGCCAUGAAUAAGUCAAGAGAAUUGUGGCAAUUUUCUCAAUUGUUUCAUAUGGCCAGUUGUUUAAAAUCAUAUUUACAUAAUUCAAUGAAAUUCACUUUGGUUUCC